AUGUCCGACGAACUAGCAGAGCAAGUCACUAUCGACGACCCCGCAAAAGACGAAUUCACAAACGAAUUCGCCCAACCCUUCAUCAUCGACGAAAAGGACCAACUAGCAUUCCGACCCCCAGCAUCUCGUAACUACCUUGGCACAGUCACACGGGACACAAUAACCGAACUUGAGAUUUCAAAAACAUACCUCUCAGCUCGAGUCGCACAGGUUUCAUACGGAACCUAUAAAUCUAGACCAGCAGCUAUUAUUGUUCUAGACUUUGUAUUUCAUUCUUCUGAUCAUAGACGGCAGAGGUUCAAGGAUGCGACUAUAGAAAUUGAUUUUACUCAGGAGGGAGGGCUUGGAAGAGCGGGUGAUGCGGAGACUACUGCUGUUGUUCCCGUUAGUAUUGCGCAGUUUGCGCCGAAAUUAGUUUAUGGGGAGAAGAAGGCGGAGGAGGUUACUUGGGGGUUGGAUUUAAGUGUGGGUGCAAAUUUAGUCGCCGGCCCUGCUUCUCUCGAAAUCGCGAAUAGUGCCGUGUACCGAGAAUCAAAGUACAGCCGUGAUCACAAAUUAGUUAUCGAGGGCUCGGCCCGCGGUAGCGGUCCCACACGUCUAGUCUGGUCCAUUCAGGAACGUAAACACGAUGGUAUCCCGCCUCAAUUUACAACAGCAUUCAUGGUAUUCCACCCUAGAGGCCUGAAAUUCUCGGCUAGGAUGAAUGUCAAGGCGUCGAUAGGGUUCUCGUUGGAUCCUAGACGGUGGAAGAUAUUUUUACCGAAUGAUGAUCGGAUGUAUUUUCAUGAUGAACAUCCGAAGGGAUCAGACUUGGGGCAUAGGGAGUUCGAUAAGAUUGAUUUUAGGGAAUUUUACAAGACGAGUUUGGAGAGGAUUGUACUCGAGAAAGGGGGGUUGAAUAUUCUGUAG